GCUCUCCGCACCCAGCCCUUCCCUCGCGGCCCAGGAAGAGGCGAGAGGGAGGGCGCAGCCCAAAGCUGAGUAGAGCAAGUCUGUCAGCUCGGCGCGCCAGUGCUGGGCGAGAGGACCUGGACCCUGCGACCCUCGCGCCAACCAGCCGCUCCGCGAGCAGCGCCCACCUGCGGGUCUACGGAGUUUGCACUCUGCACCCCAGUUGCUACUUUGCCCCCCACCACGCCCAGCCUCGCAAACUCCGGGCCCCGCUGCCUCGCACAGGUGGCGCAAGAGCCCCUGCCCUCUAGCACCCCCUGCCGGGGAGAGGGACGGCUGCGGCGGCCGCGGAGGAACCGGGUGCAGGGCUGGGAGAGGGCUCCGGCGCCGGGAAGAAGCCGGGAGCGUCCCUGAUGGUGCGGCCGCCUCCGAGCCGGGGAGGAGCGGCGAGGGGGCAGCUGGCCAAGAGCCUGGGUCCGCUGCUGCUGCUCCUGGCUCUGGGACACACGUGGAGCUACCGCGAGGAGCCCGAGAACAGUGACAGAGAAGUCUGCUCAGAAAACAAAAUCACCACGACCAAAUACCCGUGUCUGAAGGCUUCGGGCGAGCUCACCACGUGUUUCAGGAAAAAGUGCUGCAAAGGGUAUAAGUUUGUUCUUGGACAAUGCAUCCCAGAAGAUUAUGACGUGUGUUCCGAGGCGCCCUGUGAGCAGCAGUGCACAGAUAACUUCGGCCGCGUGCUGUGCACGUGUUACCCGGGAUACCGGUAUGACCGCGACAGAUACCGGAAGCGGGAGAAGCCCUACUGCCUCGAUAUCGACGAGUGUGCCACCAGCAACGAGACACUGUGCGCACACAUCUGUGUCAACACCCUGGGCAGCUACCGCUGUGAAUGCCGGGAGGGCUACAUCCAGGAGGACGACGGGAGGACCUGCGUCAAGGGAGACAAAUACCCCAAUGAUACUGGGCACGACGAGAAGUCUGAGAACGCGGUGAGAGCCGGCACCUGCUGCGCCUCGUGCAAGGAGUUCCACCAGAUGAAGCAGACGGUGCUGCAGCUGAAGCAAAAGGUGCAUGCCCGGCGGAUCGCCCUGCUCCCCAACAGUGCUGCCGACCUGGACAAGUACAUCACUGGUAACAAGGUGCUCGCCUCCAACGCCUACCUGCCGGGACCCCCUGGCCUGCCUGGGGGCCAGGGCCCUCCGGGCUCGCCGGGACCGAAGGGCAGCCCUGGCUUCCCCGGUGUGCCGGGCCCUCCUGGGCAGCCGGGCCCGCGGGGCUCGAUGGGACCCAUGGGACCAUCUCCUGACCUGUCCCACAUUAAGCAAGGCCGGAGGGGCCCUGUGGGCCCGCCAGGCGCCCCAGGAAGAGAUGGCUCUAAGGGGGAGAGAGGAGCCCCUGGACCCAGAGGAUCUCCUGGCCCCCCUGGUUCCUUCGACUUCCUGCUGCUGAUCCUGGCCGACAUCCGCAAUGACAUCACUGAGCUGCAGGAGAAGGUGUUCAGGCCCCAGACUCACCCUUCGCCAGAGGACUUCCCUUUAGCUCAGGAAUUCUCCAGCUAUCCGGAAACCAUGGAUUUUAGCUCUGGAGAUGACUCCCCGGAAAGAACUGAGGCAAGAGACUUGGGGACCCCCAGAGACUUUUAUCCUUAGCACGCACCAACAGCUUCAUGCCAAAGGAAGAGAAGAGUUUUCCUACCUGCAAUUAAAUCAUCUAAAGAAAAGACCAAAAAAAACCACUAAACCCCACCACUGGAGACCUGGACAAGAUACGUCAUUAUUUUCUUGGCUCUUUCCUGCCUUCUCCCCACUUCUUGUUUUCCAAACACUACUUUCAGAGGCUCCCUGCUAGACGUGCUAGACACGAGGGAGUAAAUGAGUGAUUUACAUGCCUCUGCCUGAGAGCAGGUGGGCUGGUCGACAUUGGAACUUCUCCCCUAUUUAUUUAUUUCUCUUAAGAACUUUUGACUUUCUGACUUAUGUUCUCACAGUCUCUUAAACCUGACAGAAUCAGAGGGAAACGUGGCAAGGGGAGCUCAGAAAAAUGUGAGGUUACUUAUAAAAAAAGAAUUAGAUACAUGUCCCAAAGAGGCUUUGACUCCUCAGUAUCAAAAUAGGGCCUUUUCGAUGAAGAGGAAGAAACAGCACAGUGUAUUUACUUUGGUGGGUGAUUCUUUUUCAUGGUUAAUCUAAUAGAUUUUAAAUGUUUGGCCUCUUGUCCAACCUCAUUUCCCGAUUUUGAUUGAGAGGGGAGAAAGUGCAGAAGGAGCCGAGAUGAGGAAGGAUGGAGAAGAGUCAUGCUGUCGUAUGGGUUGCCACAUUCUAAAUUCAAAACUGGCCAGUAAGUGUUCGUGUGAUGCUUACCUACCAGUAUCCUAUUCAGAAAAGGAAGUUGCUGCAGGUGUAGGACUAAGUCCUCUUUUCAAAAGAGAAAACUGAAUCAAGUGCCUUGAUUCGCCUUAGGAUAAUGGGCUCCUGGUUUGCCAAGACAUUUUAAAGCUGUUUGAUUGAAUGAGUGGGCUUACUCAUUAAAUCACAGAUUCUUUGCUGGACAAGGGUGGCAGGCCCUCAGAGAGAUGCAGAAACUCCUAGGCUCUGACUGGGUAGCCAGAGGUGUCAUUAGGCUGUGAUUCAGGUUGAAUCAAAGUGCAUUGGAACUCAGGACUAGAAGGGCCAGCUUGAGUUGUUGGCCAAGGGGAAGGGGAACCUCCGGAAGGGACCCCCCACGAAUAGGUAGAGGCAAGUAACUUUGCUCUCGUGGGGAAUUAGAAAUCCUCGUCCGGGGCCAGCCAGGCUUCCCAAGAGAGAAUUAUACCCUAUUGAAAGUUUGCCUAGAUGUGGAGGGGGGAAAAAUAACAGUUUUCCCUGUUUGGCAGAAAUUUCCUUCCCACUAGUCCCAUUUUCCUUUCAUUGUCCAUAAUGUAAUUCAAGAUCCGGUGCUUGCAGGCCUUCUCUGUGGUUCCCCUUCUCCCAGCAAACACGAGAAGCGGUUGACAGGAGAAGCGGUUGGGAAAGGGGCAUGUUGCCGAACCUGCCAUUGGUCUGUGUGUGCUUAUGCACUUCUGGGUCCCCAGGGCCAGGAGCAAGAGGAUGUGCUCAGAAGAUGGGCAGAGGUAUCCCCUCCUUUGUAGUACUCUUGGAGAACCUCUUGGCUUUGAUGGGCAGCCUGCAGGUUUCUUCAAGUACAUGUUCUCAUUUGACACAUGGAAUGGCUUUCCAUCCACCUGUGCAGGAGACCUUCACCCUUGCACUGAACCCCACCAAUUAUCCCACAACAACUCAUGUUUGCUUAUAUUGGCAUUUCCAUUUGCCAUCCUAUGAUUUCCCCCUAUAUUUCUGGGAGAUUUGUGUUUAGUUUCCUUUUUCCAUCAUCUCCCAUUUCUCCUGGGGCACUUGUUACGAGAGAACUGCUGUCGGUGUUCGGGUGUUCGGUGUUCGCCUGCCUCUUUUCAAUCUUCCUUCAGAAAGACGGCAGAUCUCAAGAGACAACCGCCUUCCCUCCAUUCUCCUUAGAAACACAGGGCUCAGGUCAGUUGGCCCGGUGGCCUCAUCUUUCACAAACUGCCCCUCCUUCUUCCUCAUGCAAAACCCCCAUUGCCUGGCCUCCAAACGUCACAGCUGAAAGCAAGCACAUUCUCAGUGCUCCCCUUUUACGCCUCCUCCCUUCCCCCUCCAGCCUCCAGCCUCCAGCCUCGCCAGCCACAGUUUCUGUUGAACACAGUAGCUGUGGCUUCCCCUCUGCAAUGUAUCUAAUGUUUGCCGGCUUGCGGAGCACAGCAUUUAAAGGCUGUGGGCGGGCGAAUGCUCAAGGAAAGGAUGCACAGGCUCUGUGAGAAACGAUUAGGUCUGUCUUUGAUUUUUUUUGUGAGGAAUUAUAUUACCUUUUCUUUUCCUUAACAGUGAACUCUGUUGAGAAAUAUAAUCUUCUUUAUCGUUAAAUGCUCAUGAAAUGCAAGCAAACUGCACGUUAGACAUGCAGAAGCUAGGAUAAAUAUAUUAAAAGAAUGGACAGAUAGUGGUAAUAUCUGGGAUUCCUGACACUAUUCUAGAUAAUAUUCGCCCACAAAACACACAAUAGCCUGUAUUUCAUCAUCUCAGUCUGCUGAAUCAGGUCAGCAAUUGUGUAUAAAAUAAUUAUUCAGAGUCAGAUUUUCAAAAGCUGGACAAGGCCCACAGGACUAAAAAUAUGUGCUUUCCAUGCCCAAAUCAUGUUUUCCACAGAUAAGAUAUUACAAGAUGCUGUUAUUUCUAACGUAUCUUUUAGUUAUGGGUAGGGAAACAAAGUUUCAUGGUCUCAACAGCCCCAUCUUCUCAAACCCGAAUGGAAAAGCCAUUUGGGGGGUAAAAUUUGCUGGACUUUUGCUGAGCCUUUUCGUGGAUCGGGAGGGAAUGGUCUUUGCAUGUUCAACGCUGCGGCAGAAACGGACUGCAGUUUUUUGCACCCUGAUAACUGGGACUCGUGAAUAGGACGUAAUAGAUUGUUUCUAUUUCAGGAAAGCAGUGGGAAUAAAAAUCUGAUUGGAAAUAUUGCAGGGAAGGCACACAUUUUAGUUUGAGAAUAUCCUCCUCCCUUCCCAAUUCCAGAAGAAAUUAUGUAUCCCCAAAGGAUAUGGGGGUACAGAGGAGACGCUGUUAUCUUCUCUCUUCUGUGUUCACUCCAACAGCUGCCACAAAGUGGAUUGACCCACGGAAGUCAUGUCUACUAUGUACACUCAGGUGUGCGCACAGUGGAAUGGUCAACAGUGAAUGCACAUCCACAUGGGGGAGCUGUACCCCACUGCAUCCUAGGCGAAGGGCAUCCAGUUCUGGCCAUGUUCCAUGGUUCUGGCCUUGAAAGUCCGGUUUCUAGGCAUGCAAGGGGAGAUCUUCUCCAUGCCAGACACCUCCCUGGGGUGACAGCAAAUCCCUCAUCAUACUCUGGGUGUCACGCCCCCUUCCUGGCUCCCCCGACUGCAGCCCGUCCCAGAGAGAGACAGCAGCCUCGCUGUGCAAACCAAACAUCUGUCAGAUAACCUUCCUGACAAAGACAUCUAUUUGCAAAGAGCCCGGGCCAAACAGCUAGCAGAGUAGAGCCAUCUAAAGUUAUUAAUGAAUUCAGGGAAAUAGAUGGAUUUUUCCUGGCACUGUCAGCAUGUAUGUUUCACAACAAAUCAAAACCAUGAUUUACUAUUUGAAAAAAAAAUAACCAUGACCAUAAUUGUUAAAGCAUAAAAUCUUGGGAUUGCAUGCUGCUUCAACAAAAAAUAGUGCUUCAGGGAAACCACAGGAAAAAGACCCUUUGCACCUGCCCCAGGGACCUCUGUUCUUUGUUACGUUCCCAAAGCAAGAGCCCUGGCGGGCGUCGUGCGUGUCAUGACUCUUUCUCCCAGUGACUAGUCAUAUUCUUCUGUAGCUAUUUUGUUCAUUAUUUAUAACAGAUCCAUACAACAGUGGAGCUAGUAUUCAAAUAGUGAUGAAUGUGAUACUAUGAAGUCCUUUUGACGAGAUUGUAUAUGCUUAAUAACAAAGUUAUUUUUCUUAUG